AUGUACACUGCAGUGUUAAUGGCCUCUGCCCACAAUCACUGCUCAACAUUGGCAUGGAGCAUUAUCGAUCUUGCCAUCUCAACAAUCGUACGUACCCUCCUCAAGAACGACACCACAACGGUCACCAAUGACGGCACAGCCAUCCCCGAAAACACCACUAUCAUCUCCGACGAAGACACCACUACCACUGAAAAAUAUUAUAAUCCCUACGAAGACGAACAUCAACUGUUUCUGUGGAAGAAUUUAUUUCUAAAAGUGAAUAACCUAUUGGUGGAGACGAAGAACAUGAACAGUGAAACGAAGGAAAUGCGCAGCGAAAUGACUAGAAUGUAUAGCGAAAUAAAUAAACUAAACACCAAUCUGCUGAAUGUGACUCAUAAAAUUGAUGAUUUGACCAAAAGGCAAGAGGAACUGGAAGGGAACAUGGCAAAAAUAGUGGAGCAGCAAAUGUCAUCGAUGAAUGUCACCUUGAUGGAGAGACUUGAUGAUUUAACCCAAAGGCAACAGGAUCACGAAAAGUAUAUAAAACCAUUAGUGGAUUACAUGUCCUGGGUUAACGGGGACCGCAUAAAAUAUCUUGAGACUUUACGAAAUUGGACAACAAUUGCCAGACGCAUGGACGGCUCUGUCGAUUUUUACCGAGGUUGGAAGGAAUAUAAAUUUGGUUUCGGUAAUCCACCUCACGGUGAAUUCUUCAUUGGCCUAGACAGAUUGCGUGAAUUGACGACAGCCUUUCCAAACAUCGAACUUAAAGUGAUUUUAAGAGAUUGGGAGGGCGAGGAACGUUACGCUCACUAUGAUUCCUUUAAAAUCGGAAAUGAAACCGAGAAAUAUCGACUCAAGGUACUAGGCAAAUACAGUGGCACUGCUGGUGAUUCCUUGGCGUAUCACCAUGGUAAGAAGUUUUCUACCUUCGAUGAGGAUAAUGAUAACGAUAGUUAUAAUAAUGCCAAGUAUUACAAUGGGGCUUGGUGGUUUGGAAGUACUUACUAUAGUCAUCUGUUUGGACCAUAUAAAAAUGAGAAGAAUAUAAAUUCAUAUGGCAUUGGAUGGUAUCAUUUCAAAAAUACUCAUUAUUAUUCAUAUAAAUAUGCCGAAAUGCUCAUUAGAGCAAAACCGGCAUAA